UAAUUGGCAUAAUGGCCCACUCUUCGAAGAAUCCAUGUCCAUACUGUGAGGCUUUAAAGAGCGAGCUCGGUGUAGCAAACGGAACCGCGAGAACCAAAGGAAGUAUAAACGAAAAUUGCACAAGAAAAAAGAAAUUGAAUGGAAAGAACUUCGCAAGCUGCGUGAAUGCCCCGUUGGUCUCGGGUAGUGAUGAAGACAAAAUCGUGAACCUUUGCCCGCCUCCACCGUUACAUAUAACGCUUGGAAUUAUUAAUACAAUUUUUAAGUCACUUGAGAAGAAAGCACCAGACUGGGUAGACUUAUGGGUGGAACAAGCACAGGUGAGACACCAACAGAUGACGUACGGUUUCACCGGAAGAGCUUGCCACGCGCUAUUGGAUGCUACCAAUUGUUUGGCAGACAACCCUGAACUUUCAGAUUACGUUACGGUUCUGAAUAACUUCAAAAACGUGUAUGCAAAAUGCUUUUCCUUUAAACUCGAGCAUGGGUUUGAGGAGGCUAUUGCAGAUUUUGCCAGCAGCUGGGAGAAGCUGAAUCUUCCAUUCACAUCUAAAUAUCACAUUACAAAGUACCAUGUGGCGGAUUUCUGUCGAGAAGCCGGAAGAGGACUUGGGCUUCACAAUGAGCAAGCCUCCGAAUCCGUACAUGCUGAUUUUGAUGUGAUUUGGCAGCGAUAUAAAGCUCCCAAAUCAUCAAAGGUUUAUAACGACCGUUUGUUAAACUCUUUGAUUGAUUACAACAGCAACCAUAUGUGUUAGUUUUGAGUUUUUAAUAUGUUCCAUUCAUUAUUUUUAGUUGUAUUGCUGUUUUAUAGUUUACUUUUACUUUUUACUAUUUCACUGUUUCCUUUUCCUACUAACCAAUAAAAGCACCACUGAUUUGAAAUUCAUUUUCCCCCAUAACUUCACGGAAACAAUAAUUUAAACUAAACUUAAACCCCUAAUAAACCAUACUUAUAAUACACUUACGCCAUGUUUGGAGAGUUAAGUCAGUUGUAAAUAAUCAUAAUUUUAUCAACGGCAACAAAUACAUACUGGUUGGAAAUGACUUGGACCACUUUUUUGACGUUUUUGGAGGUUUUUUGAUGAUAUUGAAUAAUUUGAAUAUGAAUUAUUUUGAAAUUUCUCAACAAAAACCUUAAAAUCAAGAUUUCUCGGA